GAAUGCAACAUUUCAAUAACUUAGAAAGUCUGAUCUACCAAAAUGAGCACCUACUUCAGCGCGCUUAACUCCUAAUUUAUGGCCGCUUCUUCUGCGACUAUUUCAUCUGGUCGCAAGAUCACACCGAGUGUCCACGGCUAUCCUGGAAGUAACAGCAGCAGUAGCUCCAGCAGCACCAGGUCUAUCUGUUUUGUCCAGAGAAUAGAGUAUCAGUUCAGUGGGAGCAGUGUAUGGCCUUUUGCGCUGGCCCUGGGAGAUCUGGACAACGAUGCCCACGGAGACUAUGAACUGGCAGUUGGAAAUGUGCACGGAGAUCUGUUCAUAUAUAAGCAUAUAUGUGAGCAGCCGUGGAAGAAAGCGUCAAAUCUGGGAUCCAUUGUGUGCAUUGGUAUUGGUGAUGUGCUAAAUGAAGGAAAAAAUUUUCUUGUUACAUUAAGCUGCGAGGGAUGGUGCCAUAUAUUUGACGUUCCAAGCGAAGCAUCAGAAAGUGGAUCAGUGAUUCUCCCCACUAACUCGCCGAGUGCCACAUCGCUGCCCUGUGUUCCGAGCAGUGAUCUGCAAGCACUUUACAAACAGAACGAUAUAGGGGUCAAUGUCAAACUACUUCUUCUAGAUGACAUAGACGGAGAUGGUAAAAUCGAGUUAGUUGUUGGGCACACAGACAAAUUCGUGAAGGCUUACAGGUGGGAGCCGAAUAGUUUGUCAGCCGACCAAUUCGCCUCCGAUCUGGGAUCGGGUUGUCUGCUUAUUGACUCUGGAUCUCUGAAAGAUGAAGCAAUUUAUGAUCCGACUACCUGUCAGACUACUAGCACGGAAGAGAAAAAGCAAGAUGCUGGAAAACCUGGUUCCCCAAAAGGGAAAUUUGUACCCGUCUAUGGUUGGAGAUUGGAACAUAUCAUAGGAACUAUCAGCGUCAUAUUCUGGAACGGUCAGAGACACUUGGCUGUGGCUCAGAGGGGAAACAACUACGCGCUGCUGUUUGUAGACAGACAAGGCGAAUGUGACCCUUCGAAGUACGAGGGACAGGUUCACUAUCAGCAGAUUACAGGAGGAAGGGCGAGAAACACCGAGGCCAAUUGUGGAAUUCUCGGAAACAUCAGGAAGUGUGGUUCUGCAGCGUCUAAUAAUGACUGGGAAGUACAGGAUUAUCUGUACCACAUAAACUCCAAUGGACUCAUUUGCAAAAUGCAUCUACCCCAGACCCUUAAAGUCAAUAGUCCAGUCUCUAUUCCAGAAAGCAAGGACAAAAAUUUAGCUUCGAAAAAUGCGAACAAGUUGUACGAAGCUUCCGAAUAUUGCGUUGUGAGCUCGUCUUCGGUCAUAGACGAACAUGAUAUACGCGAUUUACUGUUGAUUCGGCUGUUCCCUCUCAAAUGCGCAGAUCAAAUUGACAAGG